AUGGAGCAACAUAUGAAAGUAAAGAGCCUGGAAGAUGCAGAAAAAAAUCCCAAAGCCAUCGACACCUGGAUUGAAAGCAUCUCUGAGUUACACCGCUCUAAGCCCCCUGCGACUGUGCACUACACCAGGCCUAUGCCUGACAUUGACACGCUGAUGCAGGAGUGGUCCCCAGAGUUUGAAGAACUGUUGGGAAAGGUGAGUCUGCCCACGGUCGAGAUUGAUUGCAGCCUGACCGAGUACAUUGACAUGAUCUGUGCUAUCCUGGACAUUCCUUUCUACAAGAGCCGGAUUCAGUCCCUCCACCUGCUCUUUUCCCUCUACUCAGAAUUCAAGAACUCUCAGCAUUUUAAAGCUCUCGCUGAAGGCAAGAAAGCAUUUACCCCUCCAUCCAACACUGCCUCGCAGGCUGGGGAUGCAGAGACACUGACCUUUAUCUGAGCCACCUCCUGGGGCUGUGCUGCCAAGUCAGAUGAAGACAUUGUCUCUGUGGGCAGCCUAACAUCUGCCUGCUCCACAACUGGACUUGGGCCACACGAGGCCUGCUGCCUUGUCUGCAAGAGCAAGGCACACAUUUGCCCCUGGGUUCCACCUGCCUCCAGUUGCCUUCCCCGAGGAAGGAAGGAUCCACACUGCUGUGGGCAUUUGAGUUGGAAGAACUGGAUUUCCGGGAGCCACAGGACACAGGUUGGGGGAGGAGCUCCCGAAGACACUUUGAGUUAACUGGAAGUGAUUUUAUACACAGAAUGUUCUGUCAGGUUGUGACAGAAUACAUACUGAUUUUCA